AUGGGGCUCGCUGACUUAUGGGGCCACCACUGGGUGGGAAUCCUGCUUGCAGCCUCGCUUUUGACCAUGUGGAGUCUGCCAGCUGCAGCCCAGUUCACCACCAAUGCCAACCCACUGACCAUCACCCAAGGUGAGAAGGACGUUGUUCCAUCUAUGUCCUGGACACCCUGGGCACCCCAGACUCAAUGGCAGAUUCAGAGAUAACUGCUGUCCAGGCCCACCAUUUUGAUCAGCCAGGCCGUUGCCAUAGAAGAGAGAGAAGAGGUGACCCUCUCCUGCGACACCAAGGACGCCAACGUUACCAUCCGCUGGUUCUCCAAUGAUCUCCCCAUCGUGUUCCAUGAGCGCAUGCUGCUGUCCACAGAUGGCAAGACCCUCACCAUCCUGCCCGUGCAGCGGGAGGACUCCGCGCCUUACAAAUGCCAAACUCGGGGUUUCCACCAGGCCCAGAGCAGUGAUCCUGUCCUCCUGACUGUGAACUAUGGUCCUGACCCAUUCGAGAUCAAGGUGGAUUCUGGCGUAUCCAGCAGGGGAGUGGUUGAGGUGACAGAGGGCUCCACUGUGACCUUCUCUGUGGAAACACAGUCUCACCCACCUCCUGACUAUUCCUGGUUUUUCCACAAUAAUUCCACCCCAUCUUCCACCGAGAGAACGGUCACCAUCCAGGCUGUGUCCAUGGAACAUGAAGGCAUGUACAGGUGCCUGGUGUCCAACAGUGCCACCCACCUGCUCCGCCUGGGUGCUCUUCAAGUCCGAGUGCUUGAAAUGCUGCCCAAGCCUCACAUUGUGUCCUCAAGCCUGACUCCCGUGGAAAAUGCCAGCUCCGUGACGCUGACCUGCCAGACCUCCCGCAAGGUGACUGCAGUCCUGUGGUUCCUGAGGGGCCAGGCCCUCCGGCCGAGCGAGCACCUGAUGCUGUCGGCUGGCAACUGGAGCCUGGUCAUCCACAGCCUCCAGCGAGACGACACGGGCCCCUAUGAGUGCGAGGUGUGGAGCCGGGGCAGCCAGGCGCGAAGCGAGCCCCUCACGCUCACCAUCGGCUAUGGCCCAGAUCGAGUGGACAUCACCAGCAGGGCGGCGUCUGGGGUGGUCGGCACUAUCCAGGCAGAGCUCAACUCCAGCCUGACCCUGCAGUGUCAGGCAGAGUCCCAGCCGGGCGCUAAGUUUCACUGGACCCUUGAGCACUCCACCGCUGUGUAUGUGGGGGAGCAGCUAAUCAUCGAGGCCCUGACCUGGGAAUACGAGGGCAUCUACAACUGCACGGCCUCCAACCCGGUGACCCACCUGGCCCGCUCUGCCUCUGUCCUGGUCAGAGUGGCAGGUCCCAGGUCUUCCCUGUCUGCAAGAGUCAUUGCUGGCAUUGCCCUUGGGAUCCUGACUCUCAUUACCCUAUCCGCAGGGCUGGGCUAUUUCCUCUGCAACAGAAACGCCAGACGGUUCUCAAGCAAAAAAGUGGAGGACCCCAUCCAGGAGGGAGCAACACCCACCUCUGCAGAGGGGCCCUGUGCAGUGUCCUGUUCCAGUAAGUGACUUCAUCGUUGAUGCCCAGGGCAGCAGCGGGGUCUGGGGAAGGGGCUGGUACCAG